AUUAUUUACAAUUCGAAUUCAUGAGGCGAUUUAAAACCAUGAACUUUUGAGCCGACUAUCAGUUGAACGAAGGUAAUUUUCGAAAAUGGGCCCCAUCAUCAUAGUCGACCUCUUAAUGCUCGUGGCCUGCUGCCAAGGCGUUAAAAUCAUUUGGGACAACGAUAUCGAAGUGGAUCUGAAUGAAAUUGACGAUGACUCGGGACGGUCUGGUGAACGCAGGGUUCCCAAUUGGUUCUUCAUAUUCCCUGGCACCAAAUGGUGUGGAGCAGGAAACAUAGCGGAAAACGAUGCGGAUUUGGGAACGGAGCGGGAUACAGACAAGUGCUGUCGCACACACGAUAUGUGUCCGGAUAUCAUUGAAGGACACGCCACCAAGUACGGCCUAGAGAAUCCUUCGUUUUACACACGCCUGAUUUGCGAUUGCGAUGAGGAUUUCUACAGGUGCCUCAAGUCGGUGAACACCAAAACCUCCACCCAAGUCGGGCACAUUUACUUCACAGGCCUCGGAACGCAGUGCUACAAGCAAGAGUAUCCGAUUGCCGGUUGCAACAAGUACACCACAUUUCCGCGAAGAAAAUGUUUGGAGUACAUAUACAAUAAGGGGAUGCCCAAGAAGUACCAAUGGUUCGAUAUACGGAACUUCUAGAAGCAGACUCAAGAUUGACUUGUACAAUAAUAAAUACAAAUGUUUAUGAAA